AUGACAAGGUUAGUGGUUUGUUAUUUAAGUGUUUUGACUAGUCUUCUUAUGUUGGUCAGUACUGCCAAAUUGGAUCACCCAUAUCAUAAUCAAACAAUAGAUCAGAAGGAAGAUGUACACUCUUGUAGCAAAUGUACUAAAGUAAUAAAUUAUCAACAUUGUUGCGGGGAAGAAUAUUUCAAGAACCGGUUAAGUGAUGACACGAAAACAUUAACUCAUUGCUAUAGACAAGUUACUGGAAAAGACGUAGUCACAACUGAGGAAUUUCACAACAAAAUUCGUUGUAUUUACCAAUGUAUUGGCCAAACUCUUAAAUAUAUUGACAGAGAAGGAUACCUAAUAGCUGAUCAAUAUAUUAAAUUUCUUAAAGAAAAACUCUCUGCAGUGAAAUAUCCUGAAUAUUUUCAAAACAAAGUUAUUAAAGAUAUUAUAGAACGUAUCAAAAUAGCUACAGAAAACAACGACAUAUCAAUUCAAAAAUGUACAGAAUGUAAACCAGCGGGAUAUCUUAGUGAUUUGGGUCUUGCCAGAGUGUUUAUAAUUAACUGUCCGGAAGAUCUAAUGAAGGAUAAAGAUAUUUGUAAAAUAAUGCAGAAAAGGAUAAAGGAACAAGAUCACUGUCUUCCAUAA